CCAAGUUGUGACACAUGCCGUACAUUCGGUCCCUCCUUCGUUGGGAUGUUGCGAUUGUGAUAGUAAUUGUAAUUACAGGAUCCAUCGCCUUUUUCUCGCUUGAAAAUUCAUUUUAACUCGAACAAUGAGUCAAUAUUCAUGCAUUCCAAGACUGGUCCGUCGGCUUGGUUGGCAAGCGACAAUUGGGCAGUCGGCGGUGAUGCUUUUCGUGGCGUUUUCGUUCUUUUUAGAUGGUGGUUAACGUUUUUGGACAGACCCAUCGCGUGUGCUCCAGGAUGGUGGUGUUUCAUCGGCCUCGCCGGACGGUAUCAGGCUGGUCAUUGAGUUGGAUUUGGUCGCUGAURUCCCUUUGGAAKCACCRGAAUCGAUUGGUGCCGGGCUGGCAUCGAAGGUGUAGUUGCAAAUGGCAAUGAUGACCUGCACCCCCGCGAUGGCCAUCGUCGGCGUCAAUGGACCUCCCAGCAGGGCAUGAUCCAGCAUCCCGGUCAAGACAAUGGCUCCCGUCGUGGCCAGGGUUUUCAGAAUCGAGUCGCCGUACUUGAUGCUUAGGGCGACAAGCAGCCCCCCAGCCGCGCCCAGUGCCGAUAGCAGAAACGCCAGCCAGGACCAGCCCCCGAAAAAGCCGGCGGUCCCUCCGCCGUUUCCGGCAAUAAAGAGUAAGUAUACGGGAACGGACCCCAGCGCCAGCUGGAAAUUUCGUUCCCAUAUACCGAGCUGAAGAGGGUCCAAUUUGAUGACCUUUUCGAAGUAGAUGGACGCGAAUCCGCUCAGCAUCACCUCGGUAAGCACUGCCAAGGUCCCAAGGGCCGCAUUGCCGCCCUCCGUGGUCGACAGCGCGGAUUCUCCGUCGUCGUUUCUUCCCCAGAUCGGCUCGCUAAAGAGCAGGACACCAAGCAUGAGAGCAAUCAGUGCCCUCCACUUGGUCCACGAAUACUGGCGGCCGAGCAUAAUAGUAGAACACAUAGCGGUCGACAGGAUCUUGCACUGGGCAAAAAUAGUAAACAUGCCUGCCGAGAUGUUCCGGAGGCUGAUGAAACUCAGAAUGUUCAUCGAUCCGUAAAUGAGUGCCAGAACCAUCAUUUUUCGCGAGGUCUCCACCAGGUAGACAAGCUCCGCACGAAGCGACUUUCGCGGUGUCCUUUCUGCGCUGCUUUGUAAGCUGUCCCCCUCGGAGGCAAUAUUUUUCGAAAUCAUCCAGGUCGAAUACACGAUCUUGAUCAAU